CCCAUCGUGAGAAUAAGCCAAUCCCACCAAGAACUGAGCCCGGUUCUUGUUUAGGUCUACUCCUUGAAAAGGGUGGUUGUAAAAAAGAAGAAUAACUGCCCCGUCUCCCGUCCGGCCUCUCAUCAUGCGUCUGCACAAUCCGCCGCGGAUAAGGUCCCUCGCCAACCCCCCCCACUCCUCCGCGCCUCCUUCCCAUCGCGUCCGGAUCCCCUCCGGCUCCCACCUCGCUUCCGCCCGGUCCAUAAGCUCGACCCGGCGUACAGCAGAGAAGGUGCGCGCUGUGCCCCAUCGGGACACCUUCGCCCGGGUGCGCUUUACUGUCGCCGACGUGCCGCCGCCGUCAGUCUGGGCGCCGCGCGCGCGAGACCUUCUACUCCCGGAAGACGAUAAGCUCAUCCACCCGGAGGCCUGUUCCGAGGCCUGCGGGCGGUACGCCGCGCUGGCAAUCAGCGGCGAGCGCGGGUGGCGGCAUCGGGCGCUCAGCGCCUCUGUCUCUUCUCACGGCAACGACUCUAGGAUCUUGCUGUAUACGCUGCACUACGCCGCCGUCAUGAUGAUCACGCGGCCGCCCGUCCUCGCCGGCCACCUCGCCACGCAUAUCCUGCACACGGGCGCCAUGCUCGAUUACGCGCCCUCCGCGCUGACGCUCGCCCGCAUCGCCCUGCGCCGCGGCCUCUUCAACGGCCCGCAGUUCCUAGACGCGCGCGGGGCUGUUGAGAGGCUAGCCCGGAAGGACAGCAACUCCAGCCCCUACUAUCGACCGGAUGCCCUGACACUUCUCGGACUCGCGCAGAUCCAGCGGCAGAACCAACAGGCCGGAGCCGACCCCGAAGCUGACGACCGGGCGCUGCGGUACUUCGAGGAGGCGGCGCAGAUCUUCGCGGAUGCCCGGCGCGGUAGUGGCGACGGCGAUGGCCGCCCGGCAGCCGUGGCAUGGCAGUGGUUCUCGAGCGCCGUACUCGCUCAAGCGCGGAUAUACCUGCGGCGGGGGUGGGAGCGGGCGGCCGUGACGGCCCUACGCAUCGGGGUCUACGAGCUUGAUAACGCCGAGGCGCAUUACGAGCUAGCGCAGCUGCUUCGCACCCCCUCUCCAGGAGAGACAGAGCCGGGGACGAGACGAGAAGGAGAAAAGGGGGGAGGGGCAGGUGAGUGGAUGAACCUCCUCCAGAAAGCCGCCAUCAGCAACGUCGAUGCCGCGGCGCGCGAGCUAGCGCACCUAGAACUAUGCCGCGCCGACGCAGGGACGGACGGCGAAGAUGGCCUCACCGCUCGGGAGAGGCGCGUCCUCGCUGACGAGUGGCUGGGCAUCGCGGGAGACGAGGCGACUGUCAAUUGAUGGCCCUCCCCCCUUUCUCUACCUAUCCGUCCACACGCGUCAGAAGUGUAACGAGGAGGCUAGACCGUGCACAUGAGCGCCAGGAACGGCUUGUACCACUCCAUGAGACGACGUUAUAACAUGCCUAGGAGUUCUUAUCCGGUCCGGCCAUGCUCUAGUAGUGUCGUACAAAAGGAAUCGCCACUACGGGGAUAUAUUUAUAUACCCAGACAUACGGAUUUAUAUAUACUAUGACGCACCCCACUGUCGACUAUCGUGGGAUACAUGGCUCACCCCGU